AUGGAAAGCUCAAAAUCCCAAUCAUCUGAGUCUUUAAACAACUCAUCCAAAAAUAUCCAAGAAAAGCAAGUGAUAAAAAGAAAGUCAAAGUUAAUUUCCUCAAAUGAUGGAAAGAAAUUUAUUGGAGUGAGACAAAGGCCUUCAGGUAGAUGGGUUGCUGAAAUCAAAGAUUCUUCACAAGAACUCAGGCUAUGGUUAGGAACUUUUGACAGAGCAGAAGAAGCAGCUUUGGCUUAUGAUAAUGCUGCACGUCUUCUUCGUGGUAGAAAUGCCAAAACAAAUUUCAAAUACCAAGGAAUCUUGAAACCCAAUGAAGAAAACUGCAGUUUGUUGGAAAAAAAUCCAAGAUUAUAUCAACUUCUUAAACUUGCAAUCAUGAAGAAACUUGCAGGGAAUAGAUAUCAAAAUGAAAUAGAAACAGAGGCAUUUGUUCAAGAAAAUAUGGGUUGUGAUCAAGAUAAAGAAGAGAUCUGCAGGAUCCAAUUACAAGGAAGUAGUUCAAAGGUUUAUUCUUCAGUGAUUGUGGCUCCUUCUUUUAGUGCUUCUGUAGCUGAUCAAAGUGGGAAAAAAGACCAAGAAGAAGAAGAAGAAGUUGAAGAAAAUCACUAUCAAACUAGUGCUCAAUUAUUUGAGUGCCUUUUUUCUCAUGCAAAUAAGUCGUCGGCAGAGAAUAAUGGAUUAAACAGUUCCUUUUGA